UUUUUGUCAUUUUUGUGAAGAAGUUAAAAAAAAAGCUUAUAGGAAUCUUAUACGAUUUUUAUAGGAGUAUAAAAUAAACUUUCCACUAUUCAUCCGUUCGAUAUUCGAUUAAUACAUAUAUAAACGUGUGCAUUUAAAGUGUAAAACUUAAAACUCACAAACACUCACCCUUAAGUCCGCUCUUGCUGCUUGCUCACACUCACCCUUAUCCAGACAAAACGAGAAGAACGAAUACAACAACCUGUCGCAUUGGUCAUUGUUCAUAAAUAAUUGUGAUUGCUGGCUGCUCUUCAUUCCUGCACCUGGAUUUUAACGAUUUUUUCUUUUGUCCAUUUUAACAAAAGUAAAAGAAGAAAAAAAAUACCACCAACAACAACAAAAAUAAUAAUAAAAAAUAAAAAAAAAUUGAAAAGUAUCUAGAUACAAGAGUUAUUUGUGUGUGUUAUUCAUUUUCUUUAUUUUUAUAAAAAAAAAAAUAAAAAAAAAAAAUAUUGUCUUCUUUUGCGCUGUUCUUCUUUCUGUAAUGCUUUUAUGAUUGUAAAAAGGAAAUAAGGUUCACACGAGUGUUAUUUGGCUAAAAAUAAAAAAAAAAGAAAUAUUAAAAAAAAAUCUAAUAGAUUUGAUUAAGUUUACUACAUAUUUUUUGUGUGCGUUUGUAGUAGUUUGUUUGUUGUGUUGGUUAAGAAUCUUUAAAAAAAGUUUUAAAAAAAAAAAAUUAGAAAAAUGUCGGCGUCGACGAUUGAAAAUGAUAACAAUAUCGAAAGAAUGAAGGAGGAUGGCGCCAGUGGUGGGGCGGAAAAUACGAUGAAAAAUCGUCUCAGAAAGGGUGCCCUCAAGAAGAAGAAUGUCUUCAAUGUUAAGGAUCAUUGCUUUAUACCGAGAUUCUUCAAGCAGCCGACCUUCUGUUCGCAUUGCAAGGAUUUUAUAUGUGGUUACCAAACUGGAUAUAAAUGGUUGGGUUUUGGUAAACAAGGAUUCCAGUGUCAAGUUUGUUCUUUUGUUGUGCACAAACGCUGUCAUGAAUAUGUUACAUUCGUCUGCCCUGGCAAAGACAAAGGAAUCGAUUCCGAUUCACCAAAAACUCUACACCAUUUCGAACCAUUCACUUAUGCAGGACCCACAUUUUGUGACCACUGUGGCUCUUUGCUAUAUGGUAUUUAUCAUCAGGGGCUUAAAUGUUCAGCAUGUGACAUGAAUGUACAUGCAAGAUGUAAGGAAAACGUGCCAAGUUUAUGCGGAUGUGACCACACAGAACGACGAGGGAGAAUUUUUCUGCAACUACACGUUAAAGGAAACACACUAACAGUUGAGAUUAACGAAGGUGCUAACCUCAUUCCCAUGGAUCCAAAUGGCUUAAGUGACCCAUAUGUCAAAGUCAAACUAAUUCCGGAUGAACAUGAAAAAUCCAAGAAAAAAACACGGACCAUUAAAGCCUGUUUAAAUCCCGUGUGGCAUGAAACUAUCACCUAUGAACUUAAGCCAGAAGACAAAGAUCGUCGUGUUCUUAUUGAGGUUUGGGAUUGGGAUAGAACAUCCAGGAAUGAUUUUAUGGGCUCGUUAUCCUUUGGCAUAUCAGAAGUUAUAAAGAAUCCCGCAAAUGGAUGGUUUAAAUUGCUCACACAGGAAGAAGGUGAAUUCUAUAAUGUUCCUUGUGCCGAUGCCACACAAGAUUUGAUCAAACUCAAGAGCCAAAUGAGGAGAGCAUCAACAAAGAAACCCCUUGUCAUGCGAAGUGAUACAAAUACAACACAUAUUGCAUCCAAACGUGACAUGAUUCGAGCCUCGGAUUUCAAUUUUAUCAAAGUCUUGGGCAAAGGAUCUUUUGGAAAGGUAAUGUUGGCUGAACGAAAAGGAACAGAAGAAUUGUAUGCGAUUAAGAUUUUGAAAAAAGAUGUCAUCAUUCAGGAUGAUGAUGUUGAGUGUACGAUGAUUGAAAAGAGAGUCCUGGCCUUGGGCGAAAAACCACCAUUCCUUGUACAGUUGCAUUCGUGCUUCCAAACUAUGGAUCGGCUAUUUUUUGUUAUGGAAUACGUAAAUGGCGGAGAUUUGAUGUUCCAAAUUCAACAGUUUGGAAAGUUUAAGGAACCCGUUGCUGUAUUCUAUGCUGCAGAAAUCGCCGCAGGAUUGUUCUUUUUACACACAAAAGGGAUUUUGUAUCGUGAUUUAAAGUUGGACAAUGUCCUUUUGGACGCAGAUGGACAUGUCAAAAUCGCUGACUUUGGUAUGUGCAAAGAGGGUAUUGCUGGAGAUAAAACAACAAAGACGUUUUGUGGUACACCGGACUAUAUUGCCCCAGAGAUAAUCCUUUAUCAGCCCUAUGGCAAGUCAGUGGAUUGGUGGGCUUAUGGUGUUUUACUCUAUGAGAUGCUUGUAGGGCAACCUCCAUUCGAUGGCGAAGACGAGGAGGAAUUGUUUGCUGCAAUUACAGACCAUAAUGUGUCGUAUCCCAAGAGCUUAAGCAAAGAGGCCAAAGAAGCCUGCAAAGGGUUCCUAACAAAACAACCAUCAAAACGACUUGGUUGUGGUGCAACUGGUGAAGAAGAUGUUCGUUUGCAUCCAUUUUUCCGACGUAUUGAUUGGGAGAAAAUUGAAAAUCGUGAAGUACAACCACCAUUUAAACCAAAGAUUAAACAUCGCAAAGAUGUAUCUAAUUUCGAUAAGCAAUUUACAUCAGAGAAGACAGACUUAACACCAACCGACAAAGUAUUUAUGAUGAAUUUAGAUCAAACUGAAUUUGUUGGUUUCUCAUAUCUAAAUCCCGAAUAUGUGGCAACAGUAGCACGAGAAUGCAAUUAGGAUGACCAUAUAACGGAUUUAUUUGCGUACGGUCGAUAUUAAGCACGUAUUCACGAUAACAAAACAAAAAAAUCAUUCCUUAAUUAUUAUAUAAAACAAAAAUAAAAAUAAAA